CAUGUUUUCUAGUAAUGACGUUGGCCUCGAUUAGAGCGAGCAAAAUCAGCCAGUGAGGUUGCCUGCGGGAGCACGGCGCAGCGCCAUGCCCACCAAGCCCUCACGGCGCGCGCAGCCAGGCAGCGCCACGAGCUCGUCGGGGGGCACCGCGGAUGCACCGCUUCCGCCGUCGCUCUUCGCCAAGGGCCCUUUCCCCUUGCGCGCUGCCCUCCUCGCCUCCGCCGCCGUCCCCGACGCCCUUCCACCAGGCCCGCCAGGCGGAGCGGCGCAGCCGGCGGGCGUCGAGUCGCCGUCGCAGUGCCGCCAAUCGGCAAUCGCCCCCCCCGUCGAGUGACGGUCGCGAUGACAGCUUCCACGGCGCGGAGGGCGCUAUCGGCGCAGAGGGCGCGCGGAGGGGGGGCGAGACGGAGAGUGCGGGCAGCGAGGGCAGCGGGGGCGUGGGCGAUGCGCGUCGAGGGCUGACGUGCUGGACGUGCGGCGAGGCGUUCGCCGACGUGCCACAGCAGCGCGCGCACUGCAAGGCGGACUGGCACCGCCUCAACGUGAAGCGCCGAGCAUCCGGGCGGCCCGCACUGGCAGAAGACGCCUUCACGGCGCUGGUGGAGAGGAGGGGCGCGCAGGGGGCGGGCGGAGGGCAGGGCAGGGGGGAGCAGGGGAGGGGCAGAGGCCGGCAGGGCAAGGCGGAUGCGGUGGGGGGCACAGCGGGGCGGGGCGAGGGCGGAGCAGUGGAGGGCGAGGGGGAAGGCCGGGGGGGCGAUGAUGAGGACGACUGGUCGAGCAUCUCCGGGUCGGAGGACGAGGAAGAGGGGGGGAGGGAGACGAGCAGGGGGGGGAAGAGGGCAGGGCGGCAGGCAGGUCGCCCAAGGUGCACUUCGUGCUGCCAGAGACAGGCGACACAUUCGCGCUUUGGAGAGUGCUCUUCUCACCAGUGACCUACCAACCUCGAGGAGAGCUGAUGCACGUCCAGGAAAGAAGGUAGACGAAAAAGGGAACUCCUUCACGGAAAAAACACUACAGCCCCACACCGAAAAAUUGCACUUGUAAUUUGGACAAGGGUAACUAGUGAGCAUUCGAACACAAAAGGCAGAGCCAUAUCACGAAGUGGGGCUAUUGGGGUGCGCUUCGAUUCUUACCAGCGGCCGUCCUCACGCUGCUCCAACUUUGAUGGCCCAUCCCUGGUGGCUCCCUGGCCCCCGAAACGCGGGGACCAGCGAUCCGGCGAGCUCCUACCAGUGUUUCCCUGUAGAGCACUGUUUCCCUGUAGAGCACUGUUUCCCUGUAGAGCACUGUUUCCCUGUAGAGCACUGUUUCCCUGUAGAGCACUGUUCCCUGUAGAGCACUGUUUCCCUGUAGAGCACUGUUUCCCUGUAGAGCACUGUUUCCCUGUAGAGCACUGUUUCCCUGUAGAGCACUGUUCCCUGUAGAGCACUGUUUCCCUGUAGAGCACUGUUUCCCUGUAG